AUGGAGAAGGAUGAUCGCACCUCAAAAGCGGCACUAAAAUUCACAUACCGCUUCUCGAGGCCACUGGCUGUUCUCAUAAGCCAAGCGUCAUAUUAUGGAGUGAUCGGCUAUCGGGGGACAACGGUGCCACUUCCAGCGGUCCAACGAGCGAUGAAGACAGACCGUCCGGUGACCCUAGUGGACGUCACCCAACCUCACUCCCCCGUCGGGACCUCCUUCACCAACCACGCGCAAAUUGAGGCCAUGACGAAUGUACUAUGGACGCUGUGCACAGAGGUCAAGGAUUUGGCAAAAAGCCAGGCACACUUCGCCGCUGGCUGA